GCCCUAUCUGUGGUUACCACGGACGCGGUUUCUCACAGCACUAACAUAAGCGAAGGAACUUACAGGUUAUUUAUUUACAGUAUAAGUUAAUAUUAAUAAAACUUAUCAGAGACACCUGGCUCUCUGCUGUUGUGAACAGAAAAAGGAGACGCACCCGCAAUGUCAUUUAUAUUUGACUGGAUCUACAGAGGAUUUAGCGGUGUACUACAAUUUCUUGGUCUGUAUAAAAAAUCUGGGAAGCUGGUUUUCCUAGGGUUAGAUAAUGCUGGAAAGACAACUCUCCUGCACAUGCUUAAGGAUGACAGACUGGGACUGCAUGUGCCUACACUACAUCCUACCUCAGAAGAACUCACCAUUGCUGGAAUGACAUUCACUACAUUUGACCUUGGUGGACAUGUACAAGCCAGGAGAGUUUGGAAGAAUUACCUCCCAGCCGUGAAUGGAGUUGUCUUUCUUGUUGAUUGUGCAGAUCAUGAACGUCUUGCUGAGUCUAAGGUUGAGCUUGAUGCUCUGCUUUCAGAUGAGACCAUAUCUAACGUGCCAGUCUUGGUGUUGGGGAAUAAGAUUGAUCGACCGGAGGCUGUAAGUGAAGGGAGGCUUCGGGAGAUCUUUGCUCUUGAUGGACAAACCACUGGGAAGGGAAACGUGUCACUGAAGGAGCUGAAUGUGCGACCACUGGAAGUAUUCAUGUGCAGUGUCCUGAAGAAGCAGGGCUAUGGAGAAGGGUUUCGCUGGCUUUCUCAGUACAUUGACUAAAUUGAGAUGGUUUUCUGAUUAGGCUCAAACUUUCAAGUUCUGAGAAGUAGGGUAGAAAGAGAGAGUGCAAGGGUGCACAUUGGUAAAAGGAUGCGUGAAGUGGUUUAGAUAUUGGCUUGAAAACUCAUGUUAAGCAGAGUUAAAGCUAGCUCAACCCCCUGACAUUCCAUCCAGAAAUAACAUACAUGAUGCUAUGUUGAUUGAGAACAUAUAUUAAAGUAUUUAAUGUUGAAAUUUGGGCUUGUCAGCCAUUUCACACAUGUGCACACUAUCUUUGCUUUCUGUAUGUGUGCGUGUGAGUUCAUAUGUACAUAUGUUUUAUGUAGUUAUUUAUUUGGUAUUGUAUAGCUUUUUGAGAAAAUACAUGCAAUGGCAACACUCAUUCUGUUGAUCAAGAAGUAGCAUGUAUUGCUAGCAUGACAACAUGUAGAUGAUACUCAUCUACAUAUACUGUUUUAAUAAGAUUGAAAUGUUCAACUCUUGCUGAACAUCUGGAAAUUCAUGUUAAACAAACAUUCCUUUUAGUAACAGUUUUGCAGUUUUAUCUGUUGUAAAGCCUGUACUAGUUUUUAUUUAUAUUAAAUCACUCAGAUUACUAUUUUUCUAUAAUUAAAAUACCAUAAAAACAGUUGAAGACUGAAAUCAACAACAUGAAUGAAAAACAUCAAGUCUAAAAUCUACUCUGCAAAAGCGAACAUUAAAAAAUGGAUACGCAAACAAAGCAGGAUAUGUUUCUGAAACUUACUGUUUUAAUAAGUUGCAUUGUAACUGCAUAGUAUUUUUUAUCAGAAUUUAUUUAGCCUUUUUCUUCUGCAUUAGUACAUGCAGCUUCUGGUCCAACACCAGACUCUCAGAUAUACCAGUAGUGUUCUAUACUUGUUGAGUAUAGUUUAUGCUUUUAAAGCAAUAAUACUUUAGCUCAGUAUGAGUGUUCUGAGAGUGAACACAAAGGAAAUUGUGCUUCCUCUGAUUUAAAAAAAAAACAUGUAAAAUUUAUUUAUUGACUGAUUGAUUGAAUUCAUUUUAUUUAUGUAUUUUAAUAAGAUGGCAUUACUUGAACUCCAUGUCAGCCUAUAUGUGUAUAGCGCUCUUGGCAGGUAUCACACAGAGAUACUCUACUAUGAUGUAUAAAAUACACAUCCAAGUAUAUCUAGCUUCUAAUUUUAGUUAUUGAUAACUUCAUAUAUAAUUUUCUCUAAGAUGUUAUAAAGUAUUAUAUUAACAUGUACAGUAUAUGUGUCAUAAUGUAUAUAAUGUUCAUAUUGUAUUAUGGUUGAAUUCUAGAUAUUUACACUAUGUUACAGAGAUAUCUACAAUUCCUCUGCAGGUAUUUUGUGACUAUCAGCUGUUUAUUUUAUACAGCACUGACUAGAAUAUGUAAAGCAUUAAGUAUCUUAUGAAUGUGGUUGUCAAUUGUCAGUAUUUGAUCUUGCACACUUGUAAAUAUUGUACAAUGGAAUAUGUGUUUUUACAGUCCCUAGUCUUCAACUGAAUCCACAAGUAUUUAAGGUAACUGACUAUGUACAUCUAUAAAUAUUUUUUGAACUGUUUAAUUUUGCUUUUGUAUACUGAUUUAAUAUCUCAUGAGCUCUGGAAUCAUGAGUUAGCAACCUAAGAUGUACUACCCUAGAAGCAGAAUUUGGACUAUUAUGCAACUCUAGAUUGCAGAUGAAAUUAUCUUUCUAUUGGGAUAAAUGCUAAUUAUUUUUAUUUUACAAUAGACUGAAAUGAAUUAGGGAGCAUUCCAUUCUGAAAUAUCAGACUUUCUGAAAAGGAUGAUUGUAGAUUAGUGCUUUGAAUGUCAGUAAAAAGAGUCAGUAGACUAAAUAUUUUUACUGCCUUAAGAUGCUUGUUGCAUUAAUAAAAGAUCAGUGGAUUUUUUUAUCACA